UAGAAAUUGAUUGGGGCUUAGGUUUCGGAGGAGAAGGAGAAGCAUUUUGGGCUUAAUGACUAUAGAUUUAGUCCAAUAAAGAUAAAAAAUUUAGAGUUAAAAGACAAGGCCCAAUCAGUAUCCUCUCAGUUUCUUUCUCGCUCCCCUGCUCUUUCUCCAAUCGCCGAAAUGGGUUUAAGCUGAACCCUUUUUUUUCUUCUCUUCACUGGAUUAUGUGCUUGCCAUCUGUUGAACUGCCCUCAAUGAGGUCACUGCUCAAUCAAUUGCUAUGCACAUCUCCCUGACAUGUAUCAAUCUCUCGGGGCUCACCGCCUUAUAUACCGUUCACGCAUUGCGGGUUACGUCAAAGCAGGUCUAAUUGAUAAAGCAGUCCAAGUGUUCGACGAAAUGUCUCAAUCAAAUUGCCGAGUUUUCAGCAUUGACUACAAUCGUUUCAUUGGCGUAUUAAUUAACCAUUCUCGUUUCGAUUUAGCAAAUCACUAUUAUUCUCAAAUGGGUACUCGUGGAUUCUCGCUAUCUUCAUUUACUUACUCUCGUUUCAUUACGGGUUUAUGUAAAGUUAAAAACUUUACUUUCAUUGAUGAGUUGUUACAUGAUAUGGAGACACUAAAUUGUUUGCCUGACAUUUGGGCUUUUAAUAUUUAUUUACAUCUUUUAUUUGUUGAAGGUAGGAUAGACUUAGCUUUAGAAGUUUUUGAGAAAAUCGUUAAGAAUGGAAGAAAGCCUGAUGUUGUAACAUAUACAAUUAUUAUUCAUGGGGUUUGUAAAAUAAAGAAAUUUGAUACUGCAAUUCAGUUUUGGCGUGAUAUGAUUCAUAAGGGAUUUUCACCGGAUAAUAAAGCUUGUGGAGCAAUUGUUGUUGGUUUGUGUGAUGGAAGGAAGGUAGAUUUGGCUUAUGAGCUUAUAAUUGAUGUAAUGAAGAGUGGUCGAGUUAAGUUAAGUACAUUGGUUUAUAAUGCAUUGAUUAGUGGGUUUUGUAGAGCAGGUAGGAUAGAUAAGGCUCAAGCAAUUAAAUCUUUUAUGAGGAGGAAUGGCUGUGAGCCGGAUUUGGUUACGUACAAUGUGUUCUUGAACUAUUUUUGUGAUGAGUUAAUGUUGGAUGAUGCAAAGAAGUUGUUGAAGUUGAUGGAGAGAAGUGGGAUAGAACCAGAUGUGUACAGUUAUAAUCAGCUUCUUAAGGGAAUUUGUAAAGGUAAUUGCCCAGAUAAAGCUUAUUUGUUGAUGACAAACAAGAUGUGGCCAAAAGGGUUGUGUGAUGUUGUUUCCUAUAACACUAUUAUUAAAGCAUUUUGCAAGAUAGGUGAUACCACAAGUGCUUAUAAGUUGUUUGAGGAGAUGGGGCAGAAAGGGAUUCCACCUGAUGUAGUGACAUUUACUAUAUUUAUAAAAGCUUUUCUUGGAAAAGGCAGUUUUAAUAUAGCAAAAAAGCUGCUUGAUCAGAUGACAGAAAUGGGUCUUUCACCUGAUCGUAUAUUUUAUACUACUAUUAUUGAUCAUUUAUGCAAGAGUGGGAAAGUAGAAAUGGCUCACUCAAUUUUCUGUGAUAUGGUAGAACAGGGAAUUUCGCCUGAUGUGAUUUCAUUUAAUGCUCUUAUAAAUGGUUUUUGCAAGUGCUCUAGAGUAAGUGAAGCUAUGCAUUUAUAUGAAGAAAUGCAGAAUAGAGGAUCUUAUCCAGAUGAAGUAACAUACAAAUUGAUCAUUGGAGGGCUCAUAGAGGAAAAGAAGAUUUCAAUUGCUUGUAUGGUGUGGGGUCAGAUGAUGGAUAAGGGCUUUACUCUUGAUAGAGCUAUUGCUCAAACACUCAUCAGGGGGAAUUCAAUUGAAAAUGCAUCUACAUCCAGAUGGUUAGUCUUCUUCCCCUAUCUGUAUGUAUGAUGCUAACCUUCUGCGGUACCUAAAGACCUAUCUGUAUAUAUGAUGCUAACCUUCUGCAGUACCUAAAAAAGCUAUACUGGAAUAUUAUGCUCUAGGAUAUUAUUAGAAUGCUUCUUCUUAUAACAAAAGGCCUUUUAAGUCAAACGACAUUACCUGUUAUUGGAUUUAAGUGCCUUGUGCAAAUAAUAUAUAAAAUUUGAAAAUGGAAAAUUACUUGAUUGUAGCUUGGAUUUUAAGUUCCAUCAGAACUAUUCCCCAUCUUUCAGAAUCAUCAAAGAUUUUGUAUUCAGUCGGAAAGUUCAUGGUAUUUGGUUCUUUUUGUUUCUCUCACAAUCAAUUGCAGAUCCCAAAUUUGGCAUCUUUUGGUUGGAAAUGGAUCUUGUCAGGAUGAUGUUGUUGCCAACUCAUUGUCUUCCUGUCAAAUUGCAAUAAUGCAGCACUCAGUAAGCAAUGCAACUUGGAGCUUUUAGGCUACAUAAUUCAAAACAUUGUACUCAGCUUCAUUUUUUCUCUUUGGGGAGUGAGAUAAGGGUAUCCCAUUUUUCAUUUUCUAAAUUUUGCUGCAGGAUCACAUAUUAGAAAAUCUUGUACUUUGUGAUCUCUUUCUCUCUCCCUCUACAAGAUUCAAACAUCCAGGAUUUCUGAAAGUGGAGUUGACAGGAGAAUGCUGCCUCAUUCUUUUGUAAUCCGGAUUCAGGAGAAAGAUGUGCCAAAUAAAAGCAAUGGAGUGUAGCUCAGAUUUCCUUGUGUUCAACAUCUGUAAUCAAUAUUGAAUAAUAGACCAAAACGACACUGACUGAUUCCUGCAAUCUACAAACUGGACCACCAAAGGUGCAAGGAAUUGAGUUUAUAAUGCUGAUGAAGCUAGGCUAAACUUGGCACUUGUCACUUUCAUAAAUGAUAGACUUCUGAUUUGCCUGGACUAUUUGUGGGUUACAACUCCUGAAUUGCAAAUUGAAGUAUUUAUAUGCUUGUAAUCUACUGCUGUUGACUAGUAGAAACUGGGUGUACCUUUCGAUAUAAAUAUGAAGAAUUUCUGACAGAAAUUUGAAAAAAAUGUUUAAUA